AUGUCUUCCGAGCCAAUAGUCUCCCACGGCCGCGGCGGAGCCGGCAACAUCGAGCCCGACGAAAAAGCCUACACGGACGGCGAAAUCGUCCGCGAGGGCCCCAUCGGCGACCAAGGCGACGGGCCCUACUCCUCCGGCCGAGGCGGCGCCGGCAAUAUGGAAUCCCCCAGCCUCAAACCCCGCAAGGGCAGCGCGAUGCCCGGCGACGACGACGUCGUGCCCGAGACGGCGAUGCGGCCCGAGCCCGCGUAUGAGAACUUCCACACGGGCAGGGGCGGCGAAGGCAACGUGCACCGGGAUCGCCCGGCGGGGCAUGAGCAUGAGGGGUUGAAGGAGAAGGCGAAGCAUCUUUUUGGGGGCGGGAAGAAGGAGGGGGGUGGGGAAGGCGGGGGUGUGAGGGGGUGA